AGCACAUCAACAGCGCAAACCAGCAGCUGUCGGGAUCGAAGCGCUCACACUGUGGCGUCACCCUUGAAAUUGACUUUCACACUCCUUCUUCUCUCCACCGCACAACACGGCAUCAACCGCAACCGGCAAAUGACAAUUUCACAAAGUCCUUUUGGCAACACCAAAUUGAUGCCAUAGUUCGUUGUAAUCCUCUCCCUGCCCGGUUACCUUGCAACAUGGCGACGGCCAACGGCAAUAGCGUCGCCCCUUUGGCUUCGCUGUCUGCGACUCCAAUUGCACAGUUAAAUCCCGAUUUGCCCAAUCAAGCCUCGCGCUCCGUCCGCGGCGAGGUCACCAUUACCUGGCCUUACAAUUCCGUCACCAAGAAACUCGCCUUUCUAAUCGCUGAGCCCGACGUGCGCCUCCGCCGCGCGAAGGGGCAAAUACGGAUAGAACUUCACGGGCCAAGCGCGAAAGCUGCUUCUGAAAGCGGACUCGGGGCCAGCGAUGAACUACUCUUCAGCUUGGCUGGCGCAGAAUGGUCCAAGGAUGCCUCUCCCGGACGCAUCCCGGGCGCCAGAGUGGAAUGGCAGCUGCAGUUCAACCAGAAACUCGCCCUCCAGGUCAAGUUCGGUGAGACGGGCGAGAUAAAGCACAUCAACAUCGACGGUCCCACGGCCGAACAACCGGACGACCUGAUGACCGAAGCGCCGAGGAUAGCCACACCCGAACCGGAACCGACCUUGCCCGAAAUCCCAACCACCGUCCGCAAAAUAUCCGAAUUCACGGCGAACGAAUACCACUCGCCGGCCUUUGUUAAACGCGCCCGCCUUUCGUAUGGCGCCCUGUUUGAGGGCGGUUUCGACAUUUUCGAGGAGGAUGGUGGAGUCAAGGGCAGAGGCCGAAAGAGGACCCGGUUUGGUCGCGACAGCAGCGCGUGGCGUUACAGCAGUCAGUCGCCGAGCCCUGAGCGUGAUACGUCAGUCUCGGACGCCAUGGACGAGGAUCCGUUGGAAGACGCCACCCCUCGGUCGCAGCCCAAGCCGCAGAUGGCGGAUGAGGGUUGCCAGACCGUCGAGGCCGAGACGGAAACAAGUGAUGCCACCCUUCCGAGAUGGGAAAAGAUUCCGGUUCCGCCAGAGACUCCGACUCCCCUCUCCCGGAAACCCUCAGUUGCUCCUACCCAAAGACAGCAAACUGCAACUCCUGAGCUCAUACCUGUCACCACUAUUGCUCAAGAUGAACCGAGCCCUGCGGUACAGCAACAAGCCAUUGAUAUACCCUCGGAGGAACCCGUCUCAGCUACAGAGUCAGCACUUGCGGCGGAACCCGAUCGGCCAUCACCUUGGCCACCGACCGGAGGGGAAGAGCCCCAAGAGCAGUCCCGCGCAACGGAUUCCCAGCAAAAUAUGCCGGCGGAAAGCAACGCCGAAACAGCCACAAGUGCUCUGUUCGGUCCGAGAUCCUUUACCUCCAGCUUCUCUUCUUUCGGUGCCAGUGCGCCCGCUCGAGUAGAGACAAACCUAAGUCUAGCUGAGCAGGUCAGAUUCGGCUUUUCCCAUAUACCACAAACAACACGUUCUCCGUCUCCACAAAAGCCCGAGCCUGCCCCCGAGACGACCUUUCACCAGCAAGACCCAUACCCGAUGGCCUUCCUUGAUAACGCACCGGCCCUCCCCAAACGUACCGAGAUGGAUACCUACCCCAAUGCAGUGGGCGAAGAGGAAGAGGUGGGUGUACAAGGCGAAACCAUGCCUCCAGAGCCGCCCGCGGUUGAAAUCUUUGGCGAGGGCCAAUGGGAGAUGUCGACACAGCCCCCGCACUACAAUAUGAUCGAAGGCGGCCAUUUCGGUGCAGAUACUCUCGGUGAAGGGACACGAGUCACAGCUGGGCAGCCUUCGCUUCAUGCGGACAACAUUUCCCCAGGUGCGGUGCCAGAGGGCUUUGCCAGCUAUGGGCAUGAGAAUAUGCUCGACAGACAUCAGGAGCAACCGCUACAGCCAGCAUUGCCGCACGAGGAUGAGCCUCUCGUAGAAAAUGAGGACACGAUCAGUGAAGACGAGGUCGGCGUUGAAGAAGAGAAGGAUGAAGACGCUGAAUCCGACGAAUAUGCCUAUGGUGAGCAAGUCGAAGAGGGAGACUACGACCAACGCAACUAUGAUAUCCCCUCUGAUGAUGAAGACGACCUCUCGGAAGAAGACGAGGAGGUUGAACUGGAGACAGAGGCGCGUUAUGGCAAUGGCGAGACGUACGAUGAGGAUGGCGAAGGUGAAGAGUGGGACGAGGAGGAAGAUUACGAGAGCGAGGAGGAGGAUUACGAAGAGGAGGAGGACGACGACGACGACGUGAGCCGCUACCAACCCAGGAGACCUGCUGCGCCAGCGCCGACAGGGGAACCCGUCGUUAUCAGCCUACUCUCCGAUUCUGAGGAUGAGGACGAGCCUGUCCCGCAACCGAGACAACCCGCGCCUACUCCCCAAACGGCACAUGCUCCGCCACCCGCGGAAAGCUCGGAAGCAGCAUCCAGUCCAAAACGCGAGGACUUCCCGGGCGUGCUGAAAACGAUAGAAACAAACAACACAGGGGAGGAGCGGGCUCCCACCGCCAUCUUCGCCCAAACCGAUGUUUUUGACUUCGCUGCCCGUGGAAGCUCCAAUAUCAUCCAGCGUCCAACAGCGCCAUCGGCAGGCCCGGAUGCCAACACUGGAACUCCACAAUUUACCACCCAAUUUCCCGGCUCAUUUGAAGUGUCUAGCGCCCGCGAUGAGUCUUAUAUUUCACACCCCGAGGUUGCGCCCAGUGAAGGCUCGUUGGCCCUUCCCUUUGUCUCGGAAACGAAACCUCCGCCUGCGCCGAGCGAAACGUCUUCGGAAGGCCUUUUUAUCUCACAAAUCCGCUCUCGGUCCCCUGUUGCAGAGGACCAGCAAUCUGACGCGGACUCCACCGACGAGCCCGAGCGGACUACCGAAGGCUCUACAGAUGGUGACACGGAGCCGGGGGCUGAGAAAGCGAGGGCCCAAGAUGAAUUCUCGAACGUGGAGGAACCCGAGGAGGAUGAAGCCGCCACCCCGACAGCAAAACUCGAGGACGAUGAUACUAGCCUACCCGAUGCAGAUGACUCGUCCUUCUCUAGUCAGGUUGAAAUGCCCGAGGUAGACGAAGCCGCCACCCCGCCAGCCGAACCCCGAGACGAUGAUACCAGCCUAUCUGACGCAGAUAAUCUGUCCUUUUCUAGUCAGGUUGAAGUGCUCGAGGAGGACGAGGCUCCCAUCCCGCCAGCCAAAUCCCGAGAUGAUGAUAGUGAUCUGCCCGAUGCAAAUGAUCUGUCCUUCUCCAGCCAGAUCGAGAUGCCCGAGGAGUUCGGGGAGAGCGAGGAUGAAUACAUGAGCGUGGACGAAAACGUCCCGUCCAACAAGGCCGCCACCGUGGACGCUGUUAUUUCAACUCUUGAGGUCGAAGAGGUCAUUUCUGAGGAAGACGUCGAGAUGGUUGAUGCCAUCUCAGCACGGGUGGAGUCGGCUUCCCCAGAGAAGGUGGCUUUAAGCCCUUCACGUGAAGGCUUGGGUGAGACGUCGGUUGUUUCUAGCCUUGUGAUCACCGAAGUCACGCCAGAAGUCGUCCCCACUGCUGCUGCUGAUGGACCUCUUCCGGAUGUUGAUACUUCUGAACAACAACAACGAGAGCAACAAGUCCCGCCACCUAUUUCAGUUGAUCGAGAGCUGGCCGCGGCGGAAUCGCUACAGCAGAUGGCGGAGGAUGUGGCUGAUAGUGCGGCUGGUAUUUCUGGGGCAGCGGCUGAAAGCCAAGAAGAAGCAGCUUUCACUUUCAGUUUCGAAACCCAGGUCGACUUCGCGGCUCCGAAGGUGCCCGAGCUCUCUCAAGAGUCUCCUCUUGAAAGCCCCGUUGAGGAUGCGGUUACAUCACCAGUGGGAUCCCAGCCUGAGACUGGCGAAAGUUUCGUCGUGGAUGGCGGGAUUAGCAACGAGGCAGAUGGUGUUAGCGCGUCGCCUGUGGAAACAUCCGCUGAGGCUCAGACUAGCGAUGUUCUGGACGCGGAACUCCAAGCUCAACCGCCCACAGUGGUGACGCCGGAUGGAAUUCCCGGAGAGGAUGAAGCAGAGCAUCUCAUGGAGACCGAAAAAUCUCAACAAACACAGGAGGAAGCCGAAACAGUUCAACAACCUUCAUCCCCAACAGCAGAAGACCUCGAGGAUGAAACAAUGAUUCUAGAGCAACUUACCCAGGAGCAACAGCAAUCUUUCGAGGCAGAAGCCGCCGAAUAUCAAAGCCGAGUCCGCUCAACCACUCCCGACCUUAGCGUUCAACUGGCCCGUCAAGCCGUGGCAUCCAAGCGUCACAAAAAGGCCGCUGCGGAGCCCGUCCGAACCAGCGCCCGGCUCAACCGCGCGCGGUCCAGCAGUCUCCGAUCAAACGGCACCAACGGCACACCAGAGAAAGAAAAAGCCAAGGAAGAAGACAACAGCGUCACGCUCGCCAGGGCAGCCCUAGCCUCACCCUCCAAGCGUGUCACCGAUGCCGCAACCGAAGCCGACGGCACCACCACCGCCCCAACCACAUCCGCCACCACGGCAACGGCGCUCAAAGCCGACCUCACCAAGCGCCUGCGCACCGAGCUACCGGAGUGCGUCGCGCUCAAGUCGCUGCGCACGCACCUCGACAAGUUCCCCAACGUCGUCGCCGUCGUCACCUCGUCGCCGCCCACCCAGCCGGCCCGCGCCAAGGGCGGGCCCCGCGAGUACUUCAUGUCCUUCCGCGUCACCGACCCCUCCGCCGCCCCCAGCGCCGUCGUCGAGGUCCACCUCUACCGCCCCCACAAGGACUCGCUCCCCGUCGUCCGCCCGGGCGACGUCGUGCUGCUGCAGCGCUUUCAGGUCAAGGCGCUGAGCAAGAGGGGGUGGGGGCUGCGCACGGGCAUGGAUAGUGCGUGGGCUGUGUGGGAGGGUGGUGGUGGUGGUGGUCAUGGCGGCGGUGAUGGGCGUGGUGAGGGUGAGGGUGAUGGUGUCGGGGAUAGUGGGGCGAGUCCGACGCCGGCGCCGCAGAUCAAGGGUCCGCCGGUGGAGGACUGGGAGGCUUAUGUUGGGUAUGUGGGCAAGUUGCGGGAGUGGUUUGCGCUGGUGGUGGGGGAUGCUGCGGCCAGGGGGAAGCUGGAGAGGGCGGACCGGAAGAUGGCUGAGGCGAAGUAACUACUGACUCGGUACGUGCUUCGCAAAUGGGCUGGAUUGGACUUUUCAGGGGGGUGGGAAGGAAAGGGAUUUGGGGGCGUUGAGUUGGGCAUAGCGAUAGGUUAGUGACAUGGCAUAACUAUGGGUUCUGUGUAAUGGGGGCUGAAAGGGCGGUCGGGUUGCUCGAGCAGCAGUCGGCUAGCCAGGUAGAUCAAAAUACUUUAUAUAAAUAAUGGCUAUCGACCACUGCGUCACAUCCGAG